AUGGAUAAGCUUGCCGAGCUCGAAGAGAAGAAAAGGCAGCUGAAGCAGCUGAGAGAGAGGCGAUUGUAUGCUGGACGUGAAUCGUUGGUAGACCAUCUUCUGCAGGGCAGACAGCAAGAUAGGAACAGGGGAAAUGGAUAUAUGGUCUGCAGGUCGGUCCAGACCGAUGCUGCUGGGGAAAUUACCCCUUUGGCUCCGACGAGAAUCACUACUUAUGAUAAGAUGGUGCAAACGACUGUAAUAAAUGGAGAUGAGGCUUCUACCGUUGAAGAUAGCGGUAGCGAUGAGCUUGAAAGCGCAAGUGAUACUGAAUUGGCUCCGGAGCAUGAUAAAGUCAAACCGCUAGCGUCUGUAAUGGUUGAAGAUCAACAAAACACUGUGAAAAUCAAGAGCUUCUCAGUUCAGGAGGUACUGGACGAGUCUUUCCCCCGAGAAAAUGCGCUGCUGAGCGGAAAGUGCAAGUCUGGGAUCCUACCAAUAUAUCGCUGGAACGCAGAACUCGAGGAACGGGCCCAAGCAGAGCUGCGCCCCGUGUGCCUAGAUAACAUAGGGAAUCUUGUCGCUGUACUGUUCCAAUCCACUCCUGUUGACAGAAACGAUGUACUAAUGGCGCCAUGGUCGUACCUCUUUGUACUCAAAUGGGACGCCAGGCAGGUUGUCGAUAAGAUCGAGUUUAGAGGCCAAACCAUAACGAAGGCCAGGUUUCUGAGGAAAGAUAUUGCUUCGAACGUGAUCUCCCUACUGGCUGUUUCGCAUACGGGCAAGACGACGCUCACGGAGCUCCGGUGCGUCGAAGAUCUGGACUCGGUUAAGAAACUGGAGAGAAAUAUCAUAUCCAAGAACGUGUUCGCUACUGCUGUUCCAGCGUUAGAAGAAUACCGCGGUGUUCCUCCUGGCCACGAGCGAUUUAUUGCGGCAAGUUCGAAUGGGGUUUUGAACGAGCUCAGCAGCCUAGAUCUGUCGAUAUAUGCGGACGCCACGUCUUGCCAACCGCCGCUUUCAAACAUCAAGGUUGUGCCGCCCAGGCCUUCUGAGCUUGUGGUAGUGGGCCACCACGAGGACGACGAAGAGGGGGGAAACAUGGAGACUAAGAGUGGCGUGGGCGAAGAGAAAUUCCGCCAGCACUUACUGAAGAUCUCGCUGUUCGAUAGUCUAGCCAUAAGUGCCAUUUCCCUCUCGCCGAGCGACUCGCGGCUCGUAUACGCUGGCACUGAGGAUGGCGGAAUAUACAAACUGAAUUUAGACAAGAUCCAGGACGGAACUCUCAAGAUCUUCCCGACGAACGAUGGGUUUCUGCCCACCAAAGGCCGUGCUGCUCUGUCUGGCAACUCCCUUCCGAUGUUCCAUUCCAGCCACGUAGUCGCACUUUCGCACAAUGCAGACGAAUUACUGAUGUCCGCCUCUUUUGAUUGGACGUGCGCCCUCUGGGACCCGCUCAACUGCUCGCAGUUGGCGACAAUCGACAUGGGUUCGCCGGUUUUAGAUGCCGCCUGGCUAGAUGACGAAAGUCGCUUCUGCGGGAUCCUGACGUGGGAUGCUCUUUCCAUUGUCGAGUGGCAAUACCAUGCUGUCACCGACGCAAACACUUUAAACGACCGUUGGGAAUCAACCAUGGCCCCCAAGAUCAUUUGCAGGCUUUCUUCGAACGAGGCGUCUUGCAGAAGCUUCACCUGCUUCAAGAAUUUUAAAAGAGACGAUGUUGGGCACGUAUUCGCAGUCGGCUGUGACGACCAGGAGAUUAGAUUCUACAGCAUGGCAUUGCAGAGCUGA